AUGGCAAGCUUGCAGGCUCCCCAGCUGCCGAUUUCGCUGCUGACUGCGGUGGCGCACCAGAGGCCAUGCAGAGCCUCGUCGCAUGAUUCCCAAGCUCCGCGGCGCGUCCUUAAACCUGAGGAGUCCUUGGCCAGCCUCGCAGCAGGGGCAGCCUCUGUUUGGUCGCUCUCUGCCCUUCGCCGCCACCGAACGCAGCUGUCGGCCUUGUCAUUACUCCAGCGCCUGUUUGCCAAAGAGAAGUCGAAGGCUGAGUGCAUUGAUGACGAGAUUGCGGACAUGCGCCGGCAGGAGGAGGAGGACCUCCAAAACCUGCACAGGGAGCUGGGCAGCCAAGCACCCAGUGAGCAGGAUCUCCGGGUCGAAGCGCUUCGACGUCAACAGGAGAAGCUUGCAAGGCUUGUUGGCUUCAGGAAGUCUCGACGCGGGGGCGCUCGCAGGACCUCGAGCGAACCGGGCAGGCGACCCACCUCGCCUCCGGCCCCGUGGCGUAGCUACCUAGAUGUCAACACAGGCUGCUGGUACUACCACAAUGAGGAGACCAAUGUGACAACUUGGGAUCUGCCCACGGCCCUGAUGCGUGAAGGUGGCCUGAAGCUCGGGAGCUGGGGAGGAAGUACUACCACAAUCGCAGCACCGGAGAGACCACUUGGGACCGUCCGGCACAAGCACUAUCCUCGCGCCGUGCACGUCCAAAAAGUCACGCCGUCCCUAAGCGCCGUGCCAAGAGUCCUCGCAAGCGGUCGCAGGCACGGUCCCUUUGAGUCUGAUGAAGUCCAGGCUAUCGGGCCAGACUGCAUGUUGCACGGCGCCAUCAAGGAGUCACAUCGGUUCAUGGGCUCCAGACGGCACCUGAUCGAUGGCUGGCUCAUUCAGCUGGAUGCAUACUGGCGCGGCCCUGCACAGUCCCACUCUCUGGGUGGCCGCGAUGCCUACCCGAGCUAUGCGCCGGGCCAUCUUCCUUCUUCGCUGACGGGUCGCGACUACGUCCUCCCUUCCGAGUCGCUUCGCUUCGAGGCUCCGAAGGCUCCGAAGGCUCCAACAGGGCUGCUGCCGAAUCCUCAUGGACCAACUCUUCAGCCGGGAGGCCUCUCCAUCCAGCGGGAUCCCGUGUACGAGCGCCAAGCGCUCCCAGUGCCCUACGGGCUAUCUGCAGGCGGAGAUGGACGCAUGGGUUCGCGCUUUCUCCCUUCGAACAUGCCCAACCCAGGACAUGACUUUGGAGAGGCACCGUUUCACCAGACAAAGUUUUCACGCCUGGAUUUCAACGCUGGCAUCGAGUUUGACGCGAGAUGGCCGUCAAGUGCGCCCCGCCCGUUCAGCUACAAGGUGGAGGCCCCGGGCCAAACGCCCCUGCCUUUGCCGGGGAGUUUUCCUAGUAAGCCCUUCACACUGCUCAUCUUUGACUGGGAUGACACGCUGAUGUGCAGCUCUGCCAUCAACGCCAAUGAGUUCCUGCCUCAUCAGUACAGCCAGUUGGAGAGCCUCGUCGAGCAGGUACUUUUGACGGCCAUGCGCCUUGGGGAGACCUGCAUCGUGACCAACGCAGACGAGAUGUGGGUCACCGAGAGUGCCCGGCGCUACAUGCCACGUGUCCUUCCGAUUCUGUCGCGCAUGACUGUGGUGUCCGCGCGGCGGCGGUUUGAGCGCACUUGGCCUGGUGAUGUCUUUGCCUGGAAGCGGGAGGCUUUCCGACAGGUCCUGUCGUCGUGGCAGGCAAACGCCUUGGCUUCUGGGGGCAUUGACCUGAUUGUUCUCGGCGACUCCAUAGUGGAGAUGGAAGCCGCGCACACCUCCUCUGCGGGCAUCGUCUCGCCGACGGCUGUCAAGACUGUGAAGUUCAAGGAGGUGCCAACCGUGGAAGAGCUCCUGGAGCAACUAGCAAUGAUGAACCAGGAGCUUGCCUCCAUCGUUGCAGAUGACCGGAGCAGCUACAGGAACUUAGCCUCUCGGCUGUCCGGUUUUGGGGCGUUGUCUUCCCCAACGAACAGGCUGCCGGACACCGCCUACGGCACCAUGUCGAUGAGCUCGUACAGUUACCUUGGCGUGCCGCUCUCCGUGCCCUGA